AUCAAUGUAAAUAAUAUCUAUCGAAUCUUCACUGAUGAUCAUUCAUUAGUUCCGGUCAGAAUCCGCAACUCCUACUGUCUUAUUCUCAAUCGUCCUUUUUAAUCUUAAUAUUGCUUUUUUUCCUUAGAAGGAAGUAAGAAACAGUAAAAUGGCUAAUCACUCUAUCGGAAUCGAUCCUUACACUGAGCGCAAAGCUUUUGACGAGACAAAAGAAGGUGUAAAAGGGCUCAUCGACGCUAAAAUCACCGAAAUCCCUCGAAUUUUCCACAUCCCUAAAGAUACCUUACCCAACAAGAAACCAUCUGUCUCUGUUUCAGACCUAGCGAUCCCUACCCUCGACUUUGCAAGCAUCGGCGUCGACAAAGCGUCGCGUGAAGCCGUCGUGGAGAAAGUCAAAUAUGCGGUGGAGAAUUGGGGAUUCUUCCAGGUGAUUAACUAUGAUGUUCCUUUGGACGUUCUUGAAGAGAUUAAAGAUGCUGUUCGUAGGUUUCACGAGGAAGAAGAUCAUGAGGUCAAGAAAUCAUAUUACUCGCGUGAUUUCACCAAGAACAAAUUUACAUAUAGCAGUAACUUUGAUCUGUACAGUUCCUCACCUUCUCUUACUUGGAGAGAUUCUAUCUCUAGUUACAUGGCUCCUGAUCCUCCUACGCCUGAGGAGCUCCCAGAGACUUGCAGGGAUGCUAUGAUUGAAUACACAAAGCAUGUGCUGAGUUUAGGCGAUUUGCUCUUUGAACUUCUCUCUGAAGCACUAGGUUUGAAAUCUGAGAUCCUUAAGAGCAUGGAUUGCUUGAAGAGUUUGCUUAUGAUCUGCCACUAUUACCCACCUUGUCCACAACCUGACCUAACUUUAGGUAUAAGUAAACACUCAGAUAACUCUUUCCUCACGGUUCUUCUUCAAGACGAUAUCGGUGGUCUUCAGAUUCUUCAUCAAGACUCUUGGGUCGAUGUCUCUCCUCUUCCGGGAGCUCUCGUUGUCAAUAUUGGAGAUUUCUUGCAGCUGAUAACAAACGAUAAGUUUAUAAGUGUGGAGCAUAGGGUGCUUGCGAAUACACGAGGCCCAAGGAUAUCAGUAGCAAGCUUUUUCAGCUCAAGUAUACGUGAGAACUCAACAGUUUAUGGACCGAUGAAAGAGCUUCUGUCUGAAGAAAACCCUCCAAAAUACAGAGACACAACCUUAAGAGCAUACUCAGAAGGAUACUUUAAGAAAGGUCUUGAUGGAACAUCGCAUCUGUUGAAUUUCAGGAUAUGAAACUAACGAGAUAUAUAUAAAGAGUAAUAUUGUCUUGUUUGUUUGUAAGUAUUCGUACCAUAUAUAUAUAUUGGUGUGUUCCUUGCAUCAGCUACUCUGUUCUUGGCUCUGCAACACUUAAAUCAAUGUACCAAAAAUAAGAAGAAUUAAUGUGUUUAUUAUGUGUGUUAAGCUACUCUGUAUAUGGAUCUUUAUUCUUUA